AUGCAAACAUUUAUAUAUCUUACUGAAGAAGUAAAUGAACAUUUGUCAGAAAAAUUUUCGAAUAAUUUUAUUAAAGCUGUUAUUUUGGGAUUUCCGUUAAAUCUUAAAAAUCCUACUGGUCAAAGAAGAAAACGGGUAGAUGAGUACGGGUGUUCUGACAAUGGUUAUUGUUCUGGAAGUCGUGCAGAUUGUAGUAUGAAAUCUAGCAUCUUCCAGACGACUCAAGAAAUAUCCCCAACAAUGCCUAUUAAUUCACCUGACACAACAACUGGAACCGCCUCUACAGUUGUAACAGAUCCUUCAUAUACUGCACAUUCAUCUGCGUCAAUUUCUACCACCACAUCUUCAACAGUGUGA